AUGGAAUUUCUAGAAUUCGAAGAGCCUGCAUUCUUUGAAGCUUUCAUGCCACCGGUGGAGCUUGAUGGGAUGACUCUUGUUGGCGAAAAUGGGGAGUCUGUCACCGGACAGUACCUGUUCGAGCGAUGGUAUCAUGGAAAGAGCCAUUCUAAGCUGUCACUCAAGCAUCUUCAUCAGCAAGCCCGUCAAGUGUGGGAAAUGGAUGGGUCAACUCGUCAAGCCAAAAUAAAAACCUGGACCGAAAUGCUCCUUGAAGAACAAUUGGCCAAGGUUCAGAGCCUGAUAACAAGAAUGGAUAACUGUCAGGAGAAACUUGCGGAGAUGUGGAACGAGAAAACCCGUGAUAUCCUGCUAUCGAAGCGGAUAAUCGGAUGCACGACAACUGCAGCUGCGAUGAACGCCAAAGAGCUCAGUGCGAUCUCGCCCGGGAUCGUGCUGUUGGAAGAAGCUGGUGAAAUUCUUGAAUCGCAUGUCCUUACUGCUCUUGGUCCCCACACGAAGAAACUGAUUAUGAUCGGUGACCAUCAGCAACUGCGUCCCAAGAUCAACAACUACGCUUUAUCGGUGGAGAAGGGGUCAGGGUAUGAUCUGAAUCGUUCUCUUUUCGGGCGACUUGUGGAGUCAGGAUAUCCUCACUCUACUCUCGCGAAGCAACACCGCAUGGUCCCCGAGAUAUCCUCCUUGGUGCGAAAACUCACAUACCCCGACCUGCUGGACGAUGACAAGACAUUGAGCCGACCAGCACCGAGAGGACUGCAAGAUCGCGUCAUCUUUCUUGAUCAUACUCACGCAGAAAAUAAUCUACGCGAUGUUUCAGACAGAAAUGAUGUUGGAGGUAAAGGCAGCAAGCAGAACUCCUUCGAGGUACAGCUCGUUCUCAAAAUUAUUAAAUACCUUGGCCAGCAGGGCUACGGAACGGACAAGCUAGUCGUCCUUACACCAUACCUUGGACAGCUACAUCUGCUCCGUGAGGAGCUUCUCAAAGAUACAGAUCCUGUACUGAAUGAUCUAGAUUCAUAUGAUUUGGUCCGAGCUGGCUUGAUAUCCCAGGCAAGUGCUCGGCAUGCCAAACGCCCGAUUAAAUUGUCCACCAUCGAUAAUUAUCAAGGUGAAGAGAGCGAAAUCGUGAUUGCUACCCUCACCAGAAGCAACAAGGAUGGGGACAUCGGCUUUAUGUCGGCUCCGCAACGGUUGAACGUGCUCUUAUCUCGAGCUCGAGACGUUCUAAUUAUGAUUGGAAACUCGAAAACAUUUAUAAAAAGCCGAAAGGGCAAAGAAGUCUGGAAACCGUUCAUUAACCAGCUUCAAGAGAAUGGACACCUAUAUGAUGGGCUUCCAGUUAAAUGCGAGCAACACCCUCAACGAACAGCGGUACUUGGAACCUCCAAUGACUUCGAUACGUUAUGUCCAGAUGGAGGAUGUGACCGACCAUGCGGGACGAAACUAAGCUGUGGAUUACACGACUGUCCACAUAAGUGCCAUCAACUGUCCGACCAUUCGAAGAUGGACUGCCAUAAAGUAGUAGAUUGGACUUGUACCCGCAACCAUAAGCUUACACGGCCCUGCUCCCAACAGAGAAGCACAUGCUAUCGCUGUGCGGAAGAGGAUAAGGAGCUUGAGCGCCGACGCAAGAGAGAUAUGCAACUCGAUUUGGACCGAGAGGCCAAACAGAAGGCUUAUGCCCAUCAGCUUGCCCUGAUCAAGGAUGAAAUUGAGCAUGAAAGACGGCUUCAAAAGGAUAGCCAAGACGAAGAAGAGAGACAACGAAUCCUCAAGCAACAGCGACAGGACCUCGAACGGCUGAAAGCCCGUGCCCCUGAACAACCCCAACAAAAUCACCCAGUAUUUGAUGGCAGCAGCGAGCAAUACCUAUCCCCAAGCAAGGAGCCGCCUCAGGGCACUGCCGGUAAUACCGGGUCGUCAGAAAGUACCAACGGUUCAGACGGUUCAAAGGCCCUGUCGUCCGCUGAGCAGGACUGGGAAUACCAAAAGCAAUAUGAGGGGGCACAAAGUGAGGAGCUAGACAAGUUGAUGGCCAUGAUUGGCUUGGAGCGCAUCAAAACUAAAUUCCUCGCUAUCAAAUCUCAAGUGGAUGCGGCCAUGAGACAGAAAGUUGACUUCAAAGGGGAACGGUUUGGAUCGGUGUUGCUUGGGAACCCGGGAACUGGGAAAACAACGGUUGCGCGGCUUUAUGCAAAAUUCUUAACAUCCAUGGGCAUCAUCCCUGGUAGCUUCAUUGUAGAAACCACCGGGUCUCGUCUAGCAAAUGGCGGCGUGUCAGGCUGCGAGAAACAGAUCAACAACAUUCUCAACGAUGGUGGGGGUGUGGUUUUUAUUGAUGGGGCUUAUCAACUAGCACAGGGAAGCGGAAAUGGCACUCAAGUUCUUGACUUCCUACUUGCAGAGGUUGAAAGGCUUACCGGGAAGGUUGUUGUUGUUCUCGCCGGCUAUCGAAGGCAGAUGGAGAAAUUCUUCGCUCAUAACCCUGGACAGCUGAGUCGAUUCCCACAUGAAUUCGUUUUUGAGGACUACACUGAGCCAGAAUUACGUUUGAUCCUCCAAUACCAGAUCAAUCAGAGGUUUCAGGGAAGGAUGAAAGCUGAACAGGGGAUGGGCAGUCUCUAUUGUCGGAUGGUUGCUCGGCGGAUUAGCAGACAGCGAGGUCACGAAGGGUUUGGAAACGCCCGGACGGUGGAAAAUACUCUUUCGACCAUUCUCCAACGUCAGGCGAAACGCCUUACACACGAACGAAGAAAAAAAGUCUCCCCUGAUGACCUCCUUCUCACUAAAGAGGAUCUAAUUGGCCCUGAGCCAAGCAAAGCAUUGAACAGCUGUGCUGCUUGGAAACAGCUUCAGGGUAUGAUUGGACUCGCCUCUGUCAAGAAUACAGUCCGUGCUCUGCUUGACAGUAUACAAAGCAACUACGAGCGUGAACUCAAAGAGGAACCUCUGGUAGAAUUUACUUUGAAUCGAGUGUUUCUAGGGUCUCCUGGAACAGGGAAGACAAGCAUAGAAUCCUGCCGAUUUUGCAAAGUCCUAGUCAUUGAUGAGGCUUACGGCCUUUCCGGCGGUGGAAGCCGCAAUGCAGGUGGCUUCCAGACAGACCCGUACAAAACAGCAGUAGUGGACGCAGUCGUUGCAGAAGUUCAGAGCAAUCCUGGAGACGAUCGGUGUGUGUUACUGCUUGGAUACCAGGACCAGGUGGCAGACAUGUUCCAAAACGUAAAUCCCGGGCUAUCGCGGAGAUUCCCGAUGGAUUCAGCAUUCAUAUUUGAGGAUUUCUCUGAUGAUGAGCUUGGAGAGAUCCUAGAUCUGAAAUUAAAACAGCAAGGGUUUGAGGUAUCCAACAAGGGGAGGAAGGUGGCCUUGGAGAUCCUUUCCCGUGCGCGUAACCGUCCAACUUUUGGAGAUGCGGGAGAAAUCGAUAUUCUCUUGAAUGGGGCCAAGAUUCGCCAGCAGCAACGGCGUUCAUCAGGGGCCAAAUGUUCUGCUUCGAACCGAUUAGAGCCGGAGGACCUUGAUCCCGAAUACGAUCGUGGAGAACGGACGGAAACAAACAUCCCAAUGUUAUUCCAGGACAUCGUGGGGUGUGAGACAAUCGUCAACAAACUUGAGGGUUAUCGUCAGACGGUCAAAAAUAUGAGAGAUUUGGACAUGGACCCUAAAGAGCAGGUUCCCUUCAACAUUCUUUUCCGCGGGCCACCAGGAACCGGCAAAACGAGCACAGCUAGAAAGAUGGGCAAGGUUUACUACGACAUGUGUCUAUUAUCUUCUGCGGAAGUCAUUGAGAGCUCCGCAACCGAUCUAGUGCUCCUUAUCGAUGAGGCGUACCGCCUCGCUGAAGGGCAAUUCGCAAAAGAGGCCAUGGACGAGAUUGUGGAUUGUAUCACGAAGCCCAAGUUCUUCCAGAAGCUCAUCAUAAUCCUGGCUGGGUACGAUAAUGAUAUAAAUUGCCUAAUGACCAUUAACCCUGGAUUGACCAGUCGCUUCCCGGAAGAGCUUGAAUUCGCAGGUCUCUCACCAAACGACUGCCUCCAACUGCUUACAAAAUUUCUCCAGAAGAAAAAGUCAAAACUUCGGUCCAAGGUCAAAAACUUCAACAUGGAUGCACUAGAGUCACAGGGACCAACAUUUGGUAGGCAAAUUGUGGAUCGGUUUUCUAUACUCGCUCAGGGGGCGAAUUGGGCGAAUGCGCGCGAUGUGCAGACGCUAGGGAAAGCUAUAUUUGGCGAAGCUCUUCGUUCCAUGCAAAACAGGGAGCUUUCCAUAUCUGAGACGCUUAUUCUGAGCAAGGUCGACGGCAUGAUAUCAGAGCGAACAAGUCGAGCGAGGGCACUGUCAACGCCUAAGAAUCCUAUAACUGACUUCAUGCAGAGCCAGGCUUUCAAUAAGAAACCAGCACACCCAGUGCCGACAACAACGUCAAGCCCACCCGUGGCGCUUGAAACCACAGAAGAGAAGAAAGAUGCACCCCCUCCAGCCUCUGGGAGUGUUCUGGAUACGGCCCCUCGGGAUGCAGGAGUAUCAGAUGACGUCUGGCAACAAUUGGAACAAGAUAAGCAAGCGGAGAAAGAAGCGGAAUCGCUAUAUCAAACAGUCAUCGAAAAUGAAAACACGGCUGAGAAAGAACUCCAAGAGCUCCCAGAGCCACCAGAAGAUGAUUCCGAUCCAGACCACGAGGCUAAACGGGAACGCGAAAGACGACGUCUUGAGGAGUUAAGGAGACGCGCCAGGUUGGAGGAGUUACGAAGAGAACGGGAGGAGAAGGAUAAGGCUAGACGUGAAGAACAGAGAAUCCAGCAGAAGCUUAGACAAAUGGGUGUUUGUGUUGCUGGGUUUCGAUGGAUUAAACAGGCUUCGGGUUAUCGUUGUGCUAGAGGAAGUCACUACAUUUCGAACGAGGCCUUGGGAAUUUAA